GUAUCCACGGGAUCGAAGUCCAGCCAUCGGGUGAUUCUCCAAAAUGCAAACAAAGUUGACAGACGAAAGCUGGGGAAUGUGACAGUGCUAGUGCUCAGACUUAGAUGUUAAAGCUCCCUGGUUGUAAAAAGUGGAACAACAGACCACAGACGACCCAAUUUUAUGACACGGAUUCUACAGAACACGUACUGCAUCUAGAAAUACAUGUAUGAAUGUUUUGGGCUGUAGGCCUUGGUGUUGUUCUUUCCUUGUUGAUAUGGGAAGUGUUGAAGCCUGUACCAGCCCCCAUCAAUGGAAUUUACAGGCAACCAGGACGAUGGUAUCACCUAAAACGAUUGAUCUUCCUGUGCAUGUUCAAACUAAGGCAAAGAAAAAGGAGAAAAGAGCACACUCUGCAGGAAAUGAAUGCUGGUUACGGGGCCUCCGUCACAGAUCCAGACAAAAUGGAGGACAAUCCACCUUUGUUGGAUAAUCCCUUUGCAAUAGAUUCUGUUUAUUUUGGUGGAUUCAACAAAGACGGGGUGUUUGUGGUGGCAAGAGUUGCGCGUCGCCCAGGUCGAUAUGCAGAGGUGUGGCUGUACCUACGAAUCCCGGGGGUGGGGGACUUCCAUCACCCGGUGCAUCCUGACACUCUGGUCUGUAAUGUGACCCCGGGAACAUUGACUGCUGGAGGGCUGAGGAUAGAUAUGGUGGAACCCAUGGUGAAGUGGAAAGUAUCCUUCAAUGGACAGCUGAGGAGAGGAGUUUGUAAAGAACUUGAGAGGAAAGAUGACACCUUGGUGUACACCAAAUUUUCCUUUACAUGGAAGGCCUUUACAGACCUAUUUAAUUUUGACACAAAUAUCAACCAAGGAGCUUUGGCCAACGCAAUGGCUCAAGAGGAGUGGACCAGAGACUUCUACAGGAGACUUCAGAGGGACCACCAGACUCAUUAUGAACAAUGGGGAGAACUAAGUGGAAAAGUGGAGAUUGAGGGGAGGGAGGAGCAGUUUCUCCGGCUGAAGACCAUCAGGGACCACUCUUAUGGAGUACGAAACUGGAGGUCCAUUUAUAGAUAUGUAAUUCACUUCAUCUUCACCGAGGAUGGGGCGAGUAUACAGGUCGGGGUAGUGUGCAUGCCUGACAACAUGUCACAUUUAAAGGUUGGAUAUCUGGUGUUCCCGAGCUCUCAGACUUACUCUGUGGAAGAUUCCGAUCUACAGCUGUGGAAGAUUGCCCCGGACGAGGGACCUCUUAAUGAAUACAGCUUUAAUUUCACAGCAGGAGGGUUGAAAUUUUGCGUGGAUGUGCGAGGGGAGGUUACUCCGGAAUGGUAUCAUCACGAGGAUCGUGGAAGCAGGAUCUAUGAAAUGUGUUGUCGAUUUGUUGUUAACGGAAAACCUGCCUACGGAAUUACUGAGUUUCAUUACAGGAAUACCAGUGGUCCGAACUACACCCCUCCUACUUCUCUGCCUUUGCUGUGUGAGCCUCAGGAUUUGCCGUCCAACUCCGAGGAAGCUCUUACUCUCCGAUUUUCAGAGGAGGCUGGGUGUAGUAGCCAACUUGUUGGAGGGAAAGGAUCACAGCUCGGUCUAUUGUCAUCUGUUCAGGACAAGGAGGAGUUUUCAGUGACAAAUGGGUUCUGCAUCACGCUAAAAGCAUUCAGCUCACAGUUACAGAGAUGUCCACCUGCUCAAGAAGCCAUCACACAAGUAGAGAAAUUAUUCAGGGAUGGAAAUGUACAAGAAAAACAGUCUGUCUGCUCAGACGCUAUGACAGCCAUAGCAGAAAGUCCCAUCACAGCGGACAUCAGAUCUGCCAUCUUGUCUUCCAUGAAGGACGUAUUUGGUGCUGACCUCGAACAUUGCUGUGUUGCAGUCAGAUCAUCUGCCUCAGGGGAGGAUGGUGUGGAGGCGUCUGGAGCUGGACAGAUGGAGACUUUCCUAGGAGUGCGUGGUGUUGAUAAGGUGCUAGAAGCUGUGAGGAAAUGCUGGGCUUCAGCCUUCAGCUUUCAGGCUGUACAGUAUCGGAGACAGAAUGGUCAGCCAAUCAGAGUGUUGGUGGGUGUGGUUAUUCAGGAGAUGGUCAGGUCUGAAGUGUCGGGGGUACUCUUCACUAACCACCCCGUUACAGGUAGUUCUUGCCACAUGGUGAUUGAUGCCUCGUAUGGUCUAGGGGAGGCUGUGGUUUCAGGGAGGACAACUCCAGAUUCAGUCACAGUGCUGAGAGACUGGACUGACACCGUCAGCAUACAGAACAAACAGAUAGGGAAGAAAAGUCUACGAGUCACAUUGAAAGAUGGAGGUGGACUACAGGAAGAUUCUGUCAGCGGGGAGGAUAUGUGUUGUUUGUCUGACGUGAAAAUUGAGCAGCUAUGCCACAUUGGCAUCAAGUUGGAAAAAUACUUUGGAUCACCAAGAGAUAUAGAGUGGGCACUUGUGGGUGAAAAGUUCUACCUUUUACAGGCUCGACCCAUAACUACACUGGAGGAAGUGACAGAUGAUGACCUAAUUCACGAAUUUGAUGACCCAAUAACAACUGAAAAGGAGUGGCUUACAACAGCGAAUAUUGGUGAGAUGAUGCCAGGGGCCAUUACUCCGUUAUCCUACUCUGUAUUUGCCUCUGCAAUAGACCAGGCAGUUUGUAGUGUUAACGUAGCCCUGUGUGGAAACCCUCAUUACUGGUAUCCCAGAAAACACCUGCCAAGCUACAUGGGCCAUCUCUUCAUAAAUCUGAUGCCAGGUGAAGCCGGUGCCCUAAACAACAUUUUUGGGAAGAAGGAAGAUAUGGAGUUGAAUGUCUGUGGAGAGAUUCUGCCAGACCUGUCUGCAGACGAAGUCAAGACAUACUUUGGAAAAUUCAGCGGCCGACUGCAAAUUAUACUCAAAUCAUUAAAAUACAUAUUGGUGGUCAGCCCUAAAUCCACCAAAUUAUGUGACGUUUGGAAGAAGAAAGUGGACAGCUACAGAAUUAUUGAUGAAUCAUCAGACAGUCAACAAAUGUACCACGACCUACACAUCAAACUGCCAAUCUAUACAGAGAUCUGGAAGGCAGGAGUUUUGAGUAGUGCAAAUUCUGGGGCCUGGGCUGCAGCAACGUUUGGAGUGCUACGUCAAGGAAAACUAGAGCUGAGUGAUGAGGUUUGCUCCGAUGUGGCCCUGAUUCUUUCGCAGUGUGAGGGAGUGUACAGUGCAGAUGUACCGGUAGCCAUUCAGGGGCUGGCCCAGGAAAUCGUUCGCUCUGGAGUUCGAGAUGCAUUCCUGAAUGGAUCAGACAUGGAGUGCAUUGAGUUGUUGUCAGCUGGGAGUGUCACAACGCUGAACAGACUAUACCAGGAUUUCAUGCAACACCAUGGACAUCGCUAUAUCCGAGAGGCUGAACUGAGAGAAAAGUCAUGGGAGACUAACCCAGCACGACUCGUACAGGUGCUAAAGAAAAUUGUAAAAAUGGGAGCAUACGAAGAGAGAAAGAAGGCCAUAGUCAGUGAGAAGGAUAUUAUUUCACAGCUGAAGACACGGUUAUCUAAUGGAGAGAAAAGGACCCUGAGAUUUGUCCUACCCAGGGCCAGGAAAGCUGUGGGGGAGAGGGAGUUUGGUAAAUCCCUGUGUAUUAAGGUGGCAGAUAAGUUUAAACAGGCAUACUGGAGACUAGCAGAGAAAAUGGAGGAAGAGGGCAGAAUACCAGAAAAGGACCUGCUGUACUUCCUUACGCAUCGAGAAAUCGGACAGCUUCUGAAGACCAGGUCUCCGAAGCUGAUAACAAAAGCACACAGAAGAAGGAAGCUUUUACCCAAAUUAAUGAAGCUGAGUUUUCCUAAGUAUUCUGUGGGAACUCCUAAACCUCAAGAUCAAGAAAAUUUUGAAGAGGAGAGAAAGGCCUCCUUUGUUUUAACAGGGAUGCCAAUAUGUAAGGGGAGAGUGACUGGAAAAGCUAGGGUGGUGAAAGCACUGGAGGAGACCACCAGCAUACAGAAAGAUGACAUCCUGAUAGUGCCGUACACAGAUGUGGGGUGGACUCCGUACUUCCCUCUGCUCGGGGGCCUGGUAACAGAAAUGGGAGGGCUUGUGUCACAUGGAGCUGUCGUGGCCAGGGAGUUCCAGCUGCCUUGUGUGGUCAAUGUACCAAACGCAACUCUGUUGUUACAAUCGGGUGAUGAUGUUGUUCUGGAUGGAUUAGCAGGAAAAAUUGAAAAAUUAGAAAGCAGCAAGAACUGAUUAGCUGAAAGCACCUUAGAUAUCACAUAAGAAAAAGGAAUCCUUGGUAGACUAAAUCUAUGUACAUGUAACUAAUAGUAACAGCAUUCAACCUUGUAUACGAUGUAUUACCAUGUCUACGAUGUGUUACCAUGUCUACGAUGUAUUACCAUGUAUGCAAUAGGUUACCGUGUAUACCAUAUGUUACUAUGUAUACGAUUUCUUACCAUGUAUACGAUAUGUUACUGUGUAUACGAUAUGUUACCAUGUAUACGAUAUGUUACCAUGUAUAUGAUGUGUUUCUAUGUAUACGAUGUGUUUCUAUGAAUACGAUGUGUUGCUAUGUAUACGAUAUAUUACCAUGUAUACGAUAUGUUACCAUGUAUACGAUAUGUUACCAUGUAUAUGAUGUGUUUCUAUGUAUACGAUGUGUUGCUAUGUAUACGAUGUGUUGCUAUGUAUACAUUAGUUACUGUAUAUACAAUAUGUUACUAUGUCUAUGAUAUGUUACCAGAUGAUGAUAUCAUAAGUGGACAGUGUACGGUUUGAACUUAAUUUGGUCCCUAGAAAUUUAAGAAUUCAUGUGAAAUCUUUGAAAUAUGGAAUAUUUUGUUGUUGUUGCUAAACUAUGAAUAUAUUUACCACCAAUUUUGUGCCAAUAUGUGUAAUGUGAUGUUAGAAAUGAAAUAUUUCAUCUUAUUAUAUACUUUCAAUUUCACCUCUUCUUUAUUCUUUAAAAGUUUGCGGGCAUAUAUCACACGAUAUAUGCCCGGAAACAUUCCGGCCCGCAAACAUUACGUCACAAUCAAUACACAAGCAAAUUACUACGUCGUUAAUUUUCAAAUUUUUCGUGUUUUUCAUCUUUUACUCAGUUAAACCAAUAAAGAAAUUGUAAAAAAUAAAUUAUUGUUAGUUUCUACAUGAAAUUGAAAGUAUAUAAUAAAUAGGUUAUAGACUUUGUAUGGGAAAAUAUGACGACCUCGUUUUUUGUCGCGGACGGACCUCGCAAGCUCUGUCCGUCUACGCGCCAAAAAACUCGGUCGUCAUAUUUUCCCAUACAAAGUCUAUAACCUAUAAAUAUGUGCUGUUAUUUUAGACCAAAAAAUUAUUUUUUAUGUGUUGUUUUUUUUUAUCUGUUUUCAUUUCAAAGUUAAGAAUAGAACACAGUUCACUGAAACAUACAUUUGUAGAACUGAUACAGUAAAUGAUGUGAAUCUUGUUCACUAUAAAUAAUGUCAUAGUGUACCAUA